AAGCUGUUCAAUUCUUUCGUGUGUUUGAACGCACUUUAACUUCAGAAAGAGAAAGGUUGAAGGAAAAAGAGUCCCCCUUGCCACCUACGUCACGUCCUGUGAAACCUGUCCAACGAGAACACUCGGGGGAACCGUGGUAGUGUCCACCUUGUGCAGGGUUUUAAAACCAUUGCACUCUCAAGGGUGAGACCACUCAGCCAGGCAUUAAGCGAAGGGAAACUUAAUCUCACAAUUGUUAGAGGACAUCCGAUCCUUGAAAUGAUAACAGCGGCGUAUUUUUUUGACCUUUCGCUCCGUUUCAGGAAGACGGGACGCUCCAGAGCUUCAGUAAGGCUCUAAAGGAGGUGUCGUGAGGGAGUCGACUCAUAUUAUUGUGUCCCGCCGAGGGCUGUUCCUGACCUUCUUUUACCAAUCGAGGCCGUGCAAGGCACGCAGUGGCGCCAGGAUAGGUAUUUGCACUGCGUUCACAUUCCUCAUAACUCGUCUUACAAUUUUGCACGGAACCAUUAAGACCUUAACAUUGCAAGUCUUGCACUGGCUCAGCUCUCGUUGCGCUUACAGAUUGGACAAGAUUCUGACACUUGUACAAUACAGCUCCACUGAGAAUGAAAAGCUUAGAUGCAAAUAACAACGAAAGGAUUUUAAAACACGGUUACCUGCUGAAGCAAAGCGACCUUCUAAAGCAAUGGAAUCUUCGGUAUUUUGUCCUUAGUAAAGAAUGUCUCUGCUACUACAAAACCGAAAAGCAAUCGGUAGAAGACGUACCUAAAGAGGUGAUAUUUUUCAACGACAUGUCUCUUUAUAUAGACGAGCUGCCUGAAAAGCAGACAAAGUACUGCUUAAAGCUUGUAAAGCGAUCAGUUUCGGCCGGCAAAAUCGCAACUCGGACAUUUCAUCUGUGUUGCUUCUCAGAGCACGAAAGAAACGAAUGGCUUUCGCAGAUUCUCCACGCGAAAGCAAUCGCGCUGGUGGUCGAUCCGACAGCGUGGAUGGGAAAUCAGGAAGCUUCCACGCAAGACAUGGAUAUUGAGCUUGCUAAUUCAGCUGGCAGUGUCAAGCUCGCCCCUGCUAAAGUGAUUUUGCAGAAGUGUCGGCGUAAGCUUUCUCUCAGUGCAAAUACGAGGGAUUCUCGAAACUGUUUGUUCCUGGACGACUGUAACGUAAACAGAAGAAGGAAAUCCACGCCGCGUUUAAGUCAGGAAUGGAGAAACACUUUAAUGGUGAUUUAACUCCUGUGAGCCCUUAAAAAUCGAGAAGGGGGACAGACAAUUUUGAAAAGAAUAGUAAUCUGCAGAAUUUGUAAAUGGAAGGAUUUAGAAAAAUACCUGAUCGCUAGCAGCAGAGGAAAGAAGCAAAUACUGUUCAGUUUUUGCGCUGCAUUUUGUGGCAGUCUGGAUGGUUGAUCGUUCAGUAAACUUCCACGUAAGCAUUUAUUAAAGUAAAAGAGUGAACAUGAAGGUGAAGUAACUUUUACUCGUUUGUUUCGUUCAGUACUUUCCGGUUGAUCAAAUAGAAAUAUUUGAUAGAAAGAGUUUAUUUUACUAUAUUUUUAGCUUGUUAUAUAACGACAUUCGAGUGAUGAAGUUGAAAAGAUGGAACUGGACUGAACAAUAAUUCCCAUAUAAUGGUGUAUCGAGUACAUUACGUUUUAGGUUUGUGAAAAACAUGGCGUUUUAAACCAUUUUAAGUUUCACACUAGUAUCUGAAGCCCACUUUUAAAUUCGGAAAAGCUGCCGAAAUAAGUGGCGUCUCUUGAAAGAAAGGUUGAAUGUCUGCUCCAACGGAUGUUUCUCCGUGAUUUAGAACAUUGCUAGCAGUCGUACAAUCGUUAAUGUUAAGUUAUUUUACUGAUCGGCGAUAUCACUCAAUUUAUUUGAAUUAUUCAUGCACGACAAAAAAAAAAAAGAAAAAAAAUAUUAGACGGGGGAAAUUACCUGAAAUCGGCUUUGAUUGCAUAAUCAGUUGUCAAAACACAAGAUACUUUUACUUUCAGAAUUUAGCUGUCAAAGUUGUUGACAGUUUAAAAUCUGCACUAUGCAGUAAGGUAUUUAUAAAUUAUUUUCAUUUUGACCAAUCUUUAGAGGUAUUUAAGAGUCGUUAGGGAACAUAUGGUAUUUUAGGAAUAUAUUUUGCAGUCAUUGCAUGUAGCUUGUGUAAAACAGUUCAUUUGAUCAAUAUCCGUAACUAAGGAAAUUCAAGACGCGCUCAACUAUGUUGAUCUUGUUAAUUUUUCGAUGAGAAUUCAAUAAAGCACCAUCAGUAG